AUGUCGGGAGAUUUUUUUUCAAUUAUAUUUUGCAAAACAUACUUGGUUUGGCUUCUACUCUUCUGCUUUUUCCUUCUUCUCCAGAGUUCUCACAAUAGGAAAAAAAAUAAAGAGAUCGAGCAAACCUCUGACACCGAGUUCAGUCUAAGGUUAAUCUCUGGUGCGAUUGGGCUCGGAUUGUGGGCUGCCGGUGGUGUUUUGUUGUAUUCGUUGGGUGUUGUCAGAUUAGGUCAUGGAAGGAAUGGGGAUUCUUCAACGUCUACAACGUCGUUGGUUUCGGUUUCGGCUGCUGCAUCUGAAGCUAUGGAAUUUGUUGUUGGUUUUGAGAGGGAUUAUGGGUUGAGAAGACCCAAUUUCGUUAGUGAAGGGUUUAUGGAUGCUUUACAGAGAUUGAAGAACGAGUUUAAGCUUUUGUUUGUGUAUUUACACUCACCUGAUCAUACUCCUUUGUUCUGUGAAAGAACACUCUGUUCGUUGGUGUUGGUGGCUUUGUGAAUGAAAAUUUCGUGUCUUGGGGUGCGAGUAUUCGAGCUAGACAUGUUUAUGGCCUUUCAGGAUUUGCAUCCAUUACUUUGAUUCCUAAGAUGUCUUUGAUGGCUCUUGUUGUCGAGUCUUCUCUUCUGUAUUUGCAGUAUCCAAUAUAGUUUUCGUUAACACUCCUCCUUCAAAAGCGUUGUUGUUGAACCAUUUCUCGAAUUCAUUUUCGAUUUUUAUUCUCUCUUUUUUUUUUUUGAGAAAUAGAACUGUUAUUAUAAAACUAGAGAGUCUUUUACAACAACAGAGUGAAUAGCUGAGGGAAAAUCCUCAAGCCAUGUACAAACAUUAUCCAACACUAGAGCAUGUUUAGCCAAACCGUGAGCGGCUUGGUUACCAUCACGAUAAACAUGAUGAACACAAACAGUAGGGAGAUAGGAUAAUUGAGCUUGAACAUCAAAAAUUAAAUCUUAAAAAAAAGAUCUAUUUGAUGUUGAUUGCGGAGGGCAUCAACAAGGAUCAAGGAGUCCGUGUUUCCACCUUAUCAACCUUUAAAUUGAGAUGUCUAGCCCAUUUGAGGCUAUAAAACAGCCCCUUGGCUUCCAUUCCUGUGGUCGACAGCAACUAGCAAUUGGGUGAGACAUUGCAGCCAGUACCUUGCCUGUGGAGUCUCUGAUUAUAGCACCAAAUCCAAUUCUGUUUCUAGCUUCAUCAAAGGCUGUAUCUACAUUCAAUUUUAGCAAAGUAGGAGGAGGAGGAGUCCAAGUUUUGCUAGUGUUUGGAGUGUCGGCUGGUGCCAAACCAGCAUGGAGAGAUAGUUGCUGAGCCGCUUGGUAAUUAUUUAGAAAAGUGUGUGCUUUAGCAUAGAUAACCAGUGGUUGUUGAGGAAGUUUACCAUGAAUGAUAUUGUUACGAUCAGACCAAAUAGACUACAUAGUGCAAAAAAUCAUUUCCAACUCAGAUUUGGUAUAGCUUUCUGAUAUCUGAAACAAAUAAUCUUCAAUUUUCAUGGAAACAACCGCUCUGUUAUUGAAUGAAAAACCAACAACUUUCCAAACGUGUCUAGCAUGUUUACAAGAGAACAUUGCAUGCCCCACAGAUUCCCAAGCAUUGAGGCACAAACUACAUGAGGCAAAAGUGAGCGAUUUCCUCUUGAAAAGCUCUGAAGCAACCGGCAAAGCAUUGUGAAUAGCUUUCCAAGCAAAAAUCUUCACUUUAGGAGGUAGUUUGAGUUGCCAAAAAGACUUCCACCAAGAAACAUGUGGGCUGGACACAGAGGCGAAAGUAUCAUCAGCUAACAAACAAGCAACAUGGUAACCAGAUUUUACCUCAUACUGUCCACCAGUAGCAUGCCAAACCCAAUAAUCAGAAGUAGCAUGAUGAGACAAAGGUAAUGAAAGAAUUCUCUCGACAUCAACUGAAGAAAAAUCAGCAGUCAAUUUGCUCACAUUCCACUCUUUUUCUGGUGUGAUAUAGUCAGCAACGGUAUUAGUUGGAUCUCCAGUAAAAAAUACAGGAGUGAGAAUGGAGUUACCAGGGAUCCAAGGGUCAGUUGCACAGGCAAUUCCAAAACCAUUCCCCACUUGCAAACGAAUUCCCUUCUUCAGCAACUCUCGGCCCCAGCAAAUUCCUUGCCAAGUGAGAGAAGAAACACCACAAGUUGCAGCAGAGAGGAAAUCUAUUCUUGAGAAAUAUCUUCCUUUGAGAACACGAUAUAGUAGAGAUUCAGGAUUUUGAAAUAACCUCCAAGCUUGUUUAGCCAAAAGAGCUUGAUUGAAGUGGAUAAAAUUUUGGAAACCGAGACCACCUUCCAAUUUUGAUUUACAAAGAAACUUCCAUUGUUUCCAAUGAAUUUUCUUUUUGUCCGAAGUAGAGCCCCACCAAAAGUUAGACAUCAAACUCUCAAUUUCAUGACAAAAUUUAACAGGAAGUUUAAAGCAA